AGCUACCAGCGCCCAGCCAAUUGACAUAUUUUAAACAAAUGAGCAGUGCCCAAGGCUGCUAAAGGGAAUGGGUGUCAUUCAGUUGCAUUUAUAGAAGCAGAGUAUGCAGAUCAAAGGAGGCGAUGUUCUGCUCGGCCGUUCUACGGCCAGACCAUCCUGAAGUAAUGUGUCCUAUUCGGGAUUCUGGGGACUGCGUUUUGGAGUGUUGGCAAGCUUAGUGCAUCCCCAGAAAAGACGCCCCCAAUGACCAGGCCAGCCCGCUGAUACACUGCUGUUGUCCUUACAGCCAGGUGGGCACCACGGCAGGGGCUGAGUCACCCUCAUGGAAGGGAGAGGACCCUACCGGAUCUACGACCCUGGGGGCAGUGUGCCUCCAGGAGAGGCGUCCGCAGCUUUGGAGCGCCUAGUGGAGGAGAAUUCCCGGCUGAAGGAAAAAAUACAAGGGAUAAAGAUGUUAGGGGAGCUCAUGGAAGAGUCUCAGAUGGAAGCAUCCAGGCUGCGGCAGAAGGCCGAACUGCUGGUCAAGGACAGUGAGCCACACACGCCACCUCCUUCCCCCGCGGACUCCUUUGACCACUUGGCUGAGCUCACAGGGAAGGAUACAAAUGUGCCAGCACCUGUUGCUGCCUCGGUAUGUUCCAGGGAGCCGCCGGUACCUGUGCCCAAACCUCCAUCCAGUGGCACCUCCUCUGAAUUUGAAGUGGUCCCCACUGAGGAGCAGAAUUCUCCACCAGAGAGCGGCCACCCCAGAAACACAAUGGAUCUGGGCUCCCUGCCCCAUGAGGACAGCAACCUGACGCUCCACCUGCAACGCCUGGAGAACACCCUGAGCGUGUGUGCCGAGGAGCCUGACCACGGCCGGCUCUUCACCCACCUGGGCCGCAUGGCUCUCGAGUUCAGCCGGCUGGCCUCCAAAGUGCACAGGAAUGAGCAGCGCACCUCCACCCUCCAGACCUUAUGUGAACAGCUUCGCAAGGAGAAUGAGGCCCUAAAGGCCAAGCUUGACAAGGGCCUGGAACAGCGGGAGCAGGCUGCAGAAAGGCUGCGGGAAGAAAAUAUGGAGCUCAAGAAGUUGUUGAUGAGCAGCAGCAACAAAGAGGGUGCCUCUGGGCACCCAGGCUCCCCAAAGAUAGAGGGUGCCAACAAGAAGGGAGUGGCUGGACAGCAGCAGGCUAGUGUAAUGGCAGGGAAGGUUCCAGAAGUGGUGGCCUUGGGUGCAGCUGAGAAGAAAGUGAAGAUCCUGGAGCAGCAGCGCAUGGAGCUGCUGGAAGUGAACAAGCAGUGGGACCAUCAUUUCCGAUCCAUGAAGCAGCAGUAUGAACAGAAGAUCACUGAGCUGCGUCAGAAGCUGGUGGACCUGCAGAAGCAGGUGACUGACCUGGAGGCGGAGCGGGAGCAGAAGCAGCGUGACUUUGACCGCAAGCUCCUCCUGGCCAAAUCCAAGAUCGAAAUGGAGGAGACAAACAAGGAGCAGCUGACGGCAGAGGCCCAGGAGCUGCAGCAGCGGGUCAAGUACCUGCAGGACCAACUAGGCCCACUCACCCGGCAGCGCGAGUACCACGAAAAGGAGAUCCAGCGGCUGAACAAGGCCCUGGAGGAAGCUCUGAGCAUCCAGGCCUCCCCUUCAUCUCCAUCAGCAUUUGGGAGCCCUGAAGGAGCUGGAGCCCUCCUGAGGAAGCAGGAACUGGUCACACAGAAUGAGCUGCUGAAACAGCAGGUGAAGAUCUUUGAGGAGGACUUCCAGAGAGAGCGCAGCGACCGGGAGCGCAUGAAUGAGGAGAAGGAGGAGCUGAGGAAGCAGGUGGAGAAAUUGCAGGCUCAGGUCACCUCGUCCAAUGCCCAGCUAAAAGCUCUCAAAGAUGAAGAGAAGGCCAAAGAAGCACUGAAACAGCAGAAAAGGAAAGCGAAGGCCUCAGGAGAGCGCUACCACGUGGAGCCCCACCCGGAGCACCUGUGCGGGGCCUAUCCCUACGCCUACCCUCCUAUGCCAGCCAUGGGGCCACCCCACGGCUUUGAGGACUGGUCCCAGAUCCGCUAUCCCCCGCCCCCUAUGGCUAUGGAGCACCCACCUCCACACCCCAAUUUGCGCCUCUUCCAUUUGCCAGAAUAUACCUGGCGUCCACCCUGUGCAGGGAUGCGAAAUCAGAGUUCCCAAGUGGAGCUGCCCACCGCCAGGCCUGCAGAACCAGAGUCUGCAAAAAAAUGACAGUGAGGGGCCUCAGUGAGACCAGCUUGUGUCAUUUGGCUCCACCUUCGUCUUGCAGAGCCAGCUGACCUCAGAUUACCCAAAAACUAGAGCUACAGGCUCUGCAUGGCCAGAGCCUUGGCAAGAAGGGAGGCUGACAGGAGCCGUCCGCUCACAUCUCCAGCCCUAGACUGGGUACGAGACUCGGAGACUUCACCCAGUGGCCCUCCACUGGGGCUUCUCUUCUGGUUGGGCCAGGAAGAACUCACUACUGCCUCGUACUGCCAAGUGGAGAGAGACUUUGAUCUGCCAUCCUUUGAGAAAGCAUCUGGACAUCAGCCUUUAUGAAUGAGAUGCAACUAAGACCCCCUUCCUUUUAAAACCUACACAGAAGUGGUUUGGGGCCCAUCUGGGCGCACAUCCGAUUAAUGUGUGUAUGUGUGUGUAUCAUUUUUGCUUCAAGUUCUAUAGUCUAUGCCCUCACCUCAGGGAGGAGCUGCGGAAGAGUGGGUUUGUCUGUAGAGCACAAGAGAACCAUGGGAUAUUCUGAUGCUGGGCACUCCACUGCCACCCCCCACAGUAGCCUUGCAAGAGCCAUCAGAGCCUGGGAUCGAGGCCGCACCACCAACCAUGUCUGCUGAGGGGCCUGAAGUCGCCGGGCCCUCAGCCCUCACGGCUAGCGGUUUGUGGUGCCAGUGGCCUGCACUGGGGUGGCUGCUUCCAGGCACCUGUUUGUAUGGAUUUUGGACAUAAAUCCAAGUGGAAUAUC